CCAUCCAGUUAGCAGCAGAUGAGUAUGACACUCAAAUGAAGUAAAAACACCUUGAACUCUGAGCAUGUUUGCGCAUGCGCCUGAUCAGCUGUUAGAGUAUAGACGUGUGAACCUCUUCGACCAUAACACACUGUAUUGACUCCUAGUGUACUGGAAUCGAGUUCGAAUUGAUUUAAAAAGUCGGAGAAAGCAAGUGAAUGAUAGAAAAGGUUUCUAAAUAUAUUAUUGUCUAUUUCGGGCCCUCUAUAAAUAAUGAAUUCGCGCUGAAGUCUUAUUUGUUUUAGUUUCUUUAUGUUGUUAAAUUGAGAAGAGAUGAGGCAGGCCAGAAUAAAGGACGCACAACAGUUCUAAUACGUAAAUCAUGAGAAGAACACCUUAACUGUAAUGAAGACGCUUCAAACAUUGUAACGAAGGCUGUGUGAGGUGUACAGUAUGUUGGAGCUAGAAGUUUACCCAGAACAGUCACUGACCUCGGAAAAAUGGGAUUUCGUUUUAGGAAUGCAUUUUAGCCAGGCUGUGGCCAUAAUUCAGCAUCAGGUCGGCACCAUUCGUGGUGUGCAUGUCCUCUACAGCGACACCACCUUGCUGGAGACUGACCUCAUUUUGAACCUGUCUAAUGAUGGCAUUCAAUUAUACUUUGACCCCGUGUGUCAAAGACUUAAGAUUAUUGAAGUGUUUAAUAUGAAGGCUGUUAAGUUAAAAUAUUGUGGGAUACCUUUUAAUUCGCCAGAAGUUGUCCCAAGCAUUGAACAAAUUGACCAUUCAUUUGGGGCCACCCAUCCUGGUAUUUAUGAUUUGGAGCGUCAGCUUCUUAUAAUCAACUUCCCAGGGCUCUCUUUCUACUUUUCUGUAGACCAGAAGUACCAGCCGUGCCUAAACAAGGGCUUAGGCUCUCUGCAGUUUCCCAGUGGAGCAUCUCCAGUGGUGUCUAAGAUGCUCAUAUAUAGUGGAAACAACCCAAAUGAUACUAGAGCCCCACCUUUGCCCUCCUCAUGCAUACAUAACCUUAUACAUCUAGACUCGCUGUUGGUUCUCCGAGAUAUGGGCAAGACAAAGGGCCUGUCACUCAACCUUUUCACUGAUGAUGGGAGAUCACGCCAUCAUGAAUCUCGUCAGACAUUCAUUCGGACUGUCCACUUUGGGGCUUCAUGUCAAGAAGUAGCAAUUGCUCUAGGGGCACCGUCGCGAAUUUUCUAUAAAUCUGAAGACAAAAUGAAAAUUCACAAUGCCCAUGCGCGGAAAGCUACUAUACGCUCCGAUUUCUUCUUCAACUAUUUUACUCUAGGAUUGGACAUUCUCUUUGAUGCCAAAACUCAGCGUGCCAAGAAGUUUGUUCUGCAUACCAACUUCCCGGGGCAUUUCAACUUCAACAUGUACCACCGAUGUGAGUUUGAGCUCCCUCUUACUGUUCCACGCCAGCCCGAGGACGCAACGCAGCUCAUUGACUUACCCUCCACAAUUACGGUUCAGAGUGUAACCUUGUGGGAUACGUUGGGAUCCAGGAUCAAGCCUCGGGGACGGCCUGUUGUUCUCCACCGAUCCUCUUCCACCAACACAUCCAACCCUUUUGGCUCAACAUUUUGCCAUGCAUAUCAAGACAUUAUUUUUGAGGUAAUGGCUAAUGGACAUAUAGCAUCUGUAACUUUAUAUGAGAGUGAAGAAGCAGCAUAGUACUGGUUCUAGGAGGGUGACAGCAUCUUAGAAAAUGUAGAACCACACAGAACUAUAAGAAACUACUUAUUACCAAAAGAAUCCACUAUUGCUCCAGUACUGUUAAUAUUAUUUUUGUGUGUGUGUGAAAAUUUUACUUUGAAAAUCAGAUGAUUACAAGUUUUGAUACGUAUCAACUUCAUGGAAAAAGUGACGAGAUGGAUGGUGCUAGUGUGCUUGCAACACUUGGUGAUGUGUCGCUACAAGAUAUUCUUUGCUUGUCGGAUUGAGCUGUGUCAGGAGAGAUUCAUCGCAGAAAUGUGCUUCAAUUGAUAAUAGUAUGGAGGCUAGUGGAGAGCAUUGAUAGCUGUCCCUUAUAAUCAUUUAUAGCUUAUAUUGAGCCUGAAAUGGUUAUUAGGAUAAUCAUAUGACACAAUUGGCCAUUAGGCUGAGGUUAAUUGAUAGUUUUGCGUUGAUUUUUUGUGGUUGUGUAGUGAAUGGUUAGUUAUACAAGGAAAUAUAUAACAAAGAAAAGUAAACACUACAUUUUGUUUCGAGAACAUUUUUAAACAUUUGUAUUUUAUUUUAUAACUGGUAGUAUUCUGUAUAAGCUAAUUUUUCCUAUUCAUAAAUACUAUACCAUCUACAUUUUCCAAGGUCAAAUAAAUAAUAAUUUUGACCAGAAAAGGCCAUAUUUUGAUGGUAUUAGGCUUAUUUUAUAAUUCAUUGAUAUAUUGAAUGUAAAACAGGCACAAAGAAACUUGUAAAUAUUUUAUUAGUACAUAUAUUUCACUUCAGAUUAUUACACAGGUUUGGUAGCCCUGUUCUUUUUAAUUUGUGGUAUUACUUUUAAGUUUAUUUAUUUUUUCAAGUGCUUUGAUCUUUUGAGUUGAAGGUCUUGCCUGUUUGCAUUCAAAGGUGUGUUUAUAUAUAUAUAUAUAUAUAUAUAUAUAUAUAUAUAUAUAUAUAUAUAUAUAUAUAUAUAUAUAUAUAUAUAUAUAUAUAUAAUACAUACAUAUACACAAACAUACAGUACAUACAUACAUACACUAUGACAAAGGCUGCAUGAAGAGAGCCAUUAAUCACUAAGAACUGCAUUGACCCAACCAGGAUUCGAACCCCAGUCAUCCCAUGAAUCAUUAGCCUAGUGGUUAUGGUUCUCUGUAUGCCGAGAUGUGAUCCUGGGCGACAGGGGGUUCGAAUCCUGGCUGGGUCAAUAGAAUUCUUAGUAAAUAUGUGUGUGUGUGUGUGUGUAUGUAUAUAUAUAU